AUGACCCAAGGGUGUCACAUUCCAGGCCUGGCCCUGUCCAAUCUGGUAGCAAAAAAUCCUAUUGUGGUUUCCCAGAUGUUGGUGUCAUUUGAAGAUGUGGCUGUGUACCUUACGCAGGAGGAAUGGCAGAAUAUGGACGAUGCUCAGCAGACCCUGUACAGAGAUGUGAUGCUUGAAACAUAUAACAAUCUGCUGUCUGUGGGGUACCACAUGACAAAGCCUGAUAUGAUCUUUAAGUUGGAGCAAAAAGCAGCACCAUGGACAGUGGAAACAUCUCUCAACCAGGGACUUCCAGAUCACUAUCGAAAGAAUGAGCUGCUUGGAGCUAAUCAGAAAAGUCAAGAAAUAAUCUUCAGGCAACCUGAUGAAAUGCCAUUUGAGAAAAAAUGUGCCUCUAAAGUUCCUGAGAACAGCCUCCAGAGUGGGGAAGGUCUCACUCAGCAGGUCAAGAUGCACAUUUGUCAGCAGACUUUUGAACACAAUGGUAAAGAAAAAACUUUCAGCGGGGAGAAAAUAUUGCUUAUCUGUGAAGACGUUUAUACCAAAAACCUGUGUAAUAAGCUACCUGUUAAUGUGGGAGAAACAGUUCAGGUUGAAAAAAAAAUGUUACACAAUAAUCUUUAUUUUGGGAAACAUCAGCAAACACAAUUGGAAGAAAAAGUCCAUGAACAUUUCAAGAGUGGGAAAUCUCUUAUGACUAAAACAGAUGUCAAAGGAAAUCAGGUAAUCCAAGCAGCAAAGGGUCACUAUAUAUGUGGCUACUGUACAAAAUCCUUUAGCUGUAAAUCAUGGCUUAUCAUCAAACAGAGAACUGACACAGAAGGCAAUUUCUAUGUGUGCAAUGAAUGUAAAGAAAAUAUUUACCAGAAGUCAGAACUCACAAGAGAGAAGAUUCUUCAUAAUGGAGAGAAGCCAUAUGAAUGCAAUGAGCUUGAGAAAGCCUUUCACAAGCAAUUAUCUCUCAUUAGACAUCAUACAAUUCACACAGGGCGGAAAUCUUAUGAAUGUAGUAAGUGUGGAAAAGCUUUUUCUCAGAAGUCACACCUAAUCGUGCAUCAGAAAAUUCACACAGGAGAAAAACCUUAUGAAUGUAGUGAGUGCAGAAAAGCUUUUUCUCACAAGUCAUACUUAAUUGUACAUCAGAGAAUCCACACUGGGGAAAAACCUUAUGAAUGUAGUGAGUGUGGAAAGGCUUUUAUCAAAAACGCAGGUCUCAUUAGGCAUCAGAAAAUCCACACGGGGAAAAAACCUUAUGAAUGUAGUGAGUGUAGAAAAUCUUUUUCUCAGAAGUCAUAUUUAAUUGUACAUCAGAGAAUCCACACUGGGGAAAAACCUUAUGAAUGUAGUGAGUGUGGAAAGGCUUUUAUCAAAAACGCAGGUCUCAUUAGGCAUCAGAGAAUCCACACGGGGAAAAAACCUUAUGAAUGUAGUGAGUGUAGAAAAGCUUUUUCUCAGAAGUCACACCUAAUCUUGCAUCAAAGAAUUCACACAGGAGAAAAACCGUAUGAAUGUGGUGAGUGUGGAAAAACUUUUUCUCAGAAGUCAUACUUAAUCAUGCAUCACAGAAUCCACACUGGGGAAAAACCUUAUGAAUGUAGUAAGUGUGUAAAAGCUUUUUCUCAGAGGUCACACCUAAUUGUGCAUCAGAGAAUUCACACAGGAGAAAAACCUUAUGAAUGUAGUGAGUGCAGGAAAGCUUUUUCUCAGAAGUCAUACUUAAUGGCACAUCAGAGAAUCCACACUGGGGGAAAACCUUGUGAAUGUAGUGAGUGUGGAAAAGCUUUUAUCAAACACACCGGUCUCAUUAGGCAUCAGAGAAUCCACAUGGGGAAAAAACCUUAUGAAUGUAGUGAGUGUAGAAAAGCUUUUUCUCAGAAGUCACACCUAAUCUUGCAUCAAAGAAUUCACACAGGAGAAAAACCGUAUGAAUGUAGUGAAUGUGGAAAAACUUUUUCUCAGAAUAAGUGUGGAAAAGCUUUUUCUCAGAAGUCACACCUAAUCGUGCAUCAGAAAAUUCACACAGGAGAAAAACCUUAUGAAUGUAGUGAGUGCAGGAAAGCUUUUUCUCAGAAGUCAUACUUAAUGGCACAUCAGAGAAUCCACACUGGGGAAAAUCCUUAUGAAUGUAGUGAGUGUGGAAAAGCUUUUAUCAAACACACCGGUCUCAUUAGGCAUCAGAGAAUCCACACGGGGAAAAAACCUUAUGAAUGUAGUGAGUGUGGAAAGGCUUUUUCUCAGAAGUCACACCUAAUCUUGCAUCAAAGAAUUCACACAGGAGAAAAACCGUAUGAAUGUGGUGAGUGUGGAAAAACUUUUUCUCAGAAGUCAUACUUAAUCAUGCAUCACAGAAUCCACUCUGGGGAAAAACCUUAUGAAUGUAGUAAGUGUGGAAAAGCUUUUUCUCAGAAGUCACACCUAAUCGUGCAUCAGAAAAUUCACACAGGAGAAAAACCUUAUGAAUGUAGUGAGUGCAGAAAAGCUUUUUCUCACAAGUCAUACUUAAUGGCACAUCAGAGAAUCCACACUGGGGGAAAACCUUAUGAAUGUAGUGAGUGUGGAAAAGCUUUUUAUCAGAAGGCAUCCCUAAACAGACAUCAGAGAAUCCACAUGGGAAAAAUAUGA